CUCGCCUGCGAGCUGCUGCCGCCGGGGAGAUCCGCGCGCUCCCUGCCCACCUCCUCGGGAUCGAUCAUGCGAGCUGAGAUAAAGAAUCUGCUAGAACUCCUGCAUCUGUGGCACUUCCUGCAGCCCAUUUUCCAUUUCUGCUAACAAAAAUCUAUUGAUGCAAAACUGAUGAACUUCCACACCAUUUGAAAGAAGCAUCACCAGAUCAAAAGUUAACUGGAAUAUAGUGACUGCUAGUGGACACCUCUACUUCUGUAAUGGCGCAGAGAUCUGGACAGGAAGACCCAGAGAGGUAUCUCUUUGUGGACAGGGCUGUAAUCUACAACCCUGCCACCCAGGCUGACUGGACUGCUAAAAAAUUGGUGUGGAUACCUUCAGAGCGCCAUGGUUUUGAGGCAGCCAGCAUCAAGGAGGAGAGAGGUGAUGAAGUGCUGGUUGAACUUGCAGAGAAUGGAAAGAAAGCAUUGGUCAAUAAGGAUGAUAUUCAAAAGAUGAAUCCCCCCAAAUUCUCUAAAGUGGAAGACAUGGCAGAAUUAACUUGUUUAAAUGAAGCUUCUGUAUUGCAUAAUUUGAAGGAUCGAUAUUAUUCUGGACUCAUCUAUACCUAUUCAGGACUGUUCUGCGUUGUCAUAAAUCCUUACAAGAACCUUCCAAUUUAUUCAGAAAACAUUAUUGAGAUGUACAGAGGGAAGAAACGCCAUGAAAUGCCACCGCACAUUUAUGCAAUAUCUGAGUCUGCGUAUAGAUGCAUGUUGCAAGACCGUGAGGACCAAUCAAUUCUUUGCACAGGUGAAUCAGGUGCUGGGAAGACAGAAAAUACCAAGAAAGUUAUUCAGUACCUUGCUCACGUUGCUUCCUCCCAUAAAGGAAGAAAGGACCAUAAUAUUCCUCCAGAAUCACCUAAACCCGUGAAACAUCAGAGUGGAUCCCUGUUGUAUGGGGAGCUGGAACGUCAGCUUCUGCAGGCAAACCCUAUCCUGGAAUCCUUUGGGAAUGCUAAGACUGUAAAAAAUGACAACUCUUCCCGUUUUGGCAAGUUCAUCAGAAUUAACUUUGAUGUUACUGGUUAUAUUGUUGGGGCCAACAUCGAGACUUACUUGUUGGAAAAAUCUCGUGCUGUUCGUCAAGCCAAAGAUGAAAGAACGUUUCAUAUCUUCUAUCAGCUGCUAGCAGGGGCAGGAGAACAUCUGAAGUCUGACUUGCUGCUAGAAGGAUUUAACAAUUACAGAUUUUUAUCCAAUGGCUACAUCCCCAUUCCUGGGCAGCAAGACAAGGAUAACUUUCAGGAGACUAUGGAAGCCAUGCACAUAAUGGGCUUUUCCCAUGAAGAGAUCUUAUCAAUGCUGAAAGUGGUGUCCUCAGUACUGCAAUUUGGUAAUAUUUCCUUCAAGAAGGAGAGGAAUACUGAUCAGGCUUCUAUGCCAGAAAAUACAGUUGCGCAGAAACUCUGCCACCUCCUGGGAAUGAAUGUAAUGGAGUUUACCCGGGCUAUACUUACACCACGCAUUAAAGUUGGCAGAGACUAUGUUCAGAAAGCCCAAACUAAAGAACAAGCAGAUUUUGCAGUGGAAGCCUUGGCAAAAGCCACCUAUGAACGUCUCUUCCGCUGGCUUGUUCACCGAAUUAAUAAAGCUCUGGAUAGGACCAAACGACAGGGAGCAUCUUUUAUUGGUAUUCUGGAUAUUGCUGGAUUUGAGAUCUUUGAGCUGAACUCUUUUGAGCAACUCUGUAUCAACUAUACCAAUGAGAAGUUGCAGCAGUUGUUCAACCACACCAUGUUCAUCCUGGAACAGGAAGAGUACCAGCGAGAGGGUAUAGAAUGGAACUUCAUUGAUUUUGGACUGGAUCUACAGCCUUGCAUUGAUUUAAUAGAAAGGCCUGCAAACCCUCCUGGUGUAUUGGCUUUACUUGAUGAAGAGUGCUGGUUCCCUAAAGCUACUGACAAGACCUUUGUGGAAAAAUUGGUUCAAGAACAAGGAUCCCACUCUAAAUUCCAAAAACCAAGGCAACUAAAGGACAAGGCUGAUUUCUGCAUUAUUCAUUAUGCAGGGAAGGUAGACUACAAGGCAGAUGAGUGGCUCAUGAAGAAUAUGGACCCUCUGAAUGAUAAUGUGGCUACACUCCUGCACCAGUCUUCUGACAAAUUUGUUGCAGAGCUUUGGAAGGAUGUGGACCGUAUUGUGGGUCUGGAUCAAGUCACUGGUAUGACAGAGACGGCUUUUGGCUCUGCAUACAAGACCAAGAAGGGCAUGUUUCGUACAGUGGGGCAGCUGUACAAGGAAUCUCUCACCAAACUGAUGGCAACUCUUCGAAACACUAAUCCAAAUUUUGUUCGCUGCAUUAUUCCAAACCAUGAGAAAAGGGCUGGAAAGCUAGAUCCUCACCUGGUCCUAGAUCAGCUACGUUGUAAUGGCGUUCUGGAAGGAAUAAGGAUUUGUCGGCAAGGAUUUCCAAACAGGAUCGUGUUCCAGGAAUUUAGACAGAGAUAUGAGAUACUUACUCCCAAUGCCAUACCUAAAGGUUUUAUGGAUGGCAAACAGGCUUGUGAACGAAUGAUCAGAGCUUUGGAGUUGGACCCGAACUUAUACAGAAUUGGACAGAGCAAGAUUUUUUUUCGAGCUGGUGUCUUGGCACAUUUGGAAGAAGAACGGGACCUGAAGAUUACAGACAUCAUUAUUUUCUUCCAAGCAGUCUGCAGAGGAUAUCUGGCAAGAAAGGCUUUUGCAAAGAAACAGCAGCAGUUGAGUGCUUUAAAAAUCCUGCAAAGGAAUUGUGCAGCAUAUUUAAAACUAAGGCACUGGCAGUGGUGGAGAGUUUUCACAAAGGUGAAGCCACUUCUGCAGGUUACUCGACAGGAGGAAGAACUUCAGGCUAAAGAUGAGGAGUUGAUGAAGGUGAGAGAGAAACAGACAAAAGUGGAAGCAGAACUUGAGGAGAUGGAGAGAAAACAUCAACAGCUUUUAGAAGAAAAGAAUAUUCUUGCGGAACAGCUCCAGGCUGAGACAGAGCUCUUUGCUGAAGCUGAGGAGAUGAGAGCCCGCCUAGCUGCCAAGAAGCAGGAGUUAGAAGAAAUUCUACAUGAUCUAGAGUCCAGGGUUGAGGAGGAAGAGGAAAGGAACCAAAUACUCCAGAAUGAAAAGAAAAAGAUGCAAGGACAUAUUCAGGAUCUAGAAGAGCAACUUGAUGAGGAAGAAGGAGCUCGACAGAAGUUGCAACUUGAAAAGGUAACGGCUGAAGCUAAAAUCAAGAAGAUGGAAGAAGAGAUCCUGCUUUUAGAGGACCAAAAUUCCAAAUUUUUGAAGGAAAAGAAAUUGAUGGAAGACAGGAUUGCCGAAUGUACCUCUCAGCUAGCUGAAGAAGAAGAAAAGGCCAAAAAUUUGGCUAAACUCAAGAACAAGCAGGAAAUGAUGAUCACGGAUUUAGAAGAGCGUUUGAAAAAGGAAGAGAAAACCCGUCAAGAACUGGAAAAAGCUAAAAGAAAGCUUGAUGGAGAAACAACAGAUCUACAGGACCAAAUAGCUGAGCUGCAAGCCCAGAUUGAAGAGCUAAAAAUCCAACUAGCCAAGAAAGAAGAGGAACUGCAGGCUGCGCUUGCCAGAGGUGAUGAUGAAGCAGUUCAAAAGAAUAAUGCGCUAAAGCUAAUACGAGAGUUGCAAGCUCAGAUUGCAGAACUUCAAGAAGACCUUGAAUCUGAGAAGGCAUCACGUAACAAAGCUGAAAAACAGAAGAGAGACCUAAGUGAGGAGCUGGAGGCACUGAAGACUGAACUAGAAGAUACACUGGAUACCACUGCAGCACAGCAGGAAUUAAGGACAAAACGUGAGCAGGAAGUGGCUGAACUGAAGAAAGCUAUUGAAGAAGAAACAAAGAAUCAUGAAGCUCAAAUCCAGGAAAUAAGGCAAAGACAUGCUACUGCCCUGGAAGAGCUCUCUGAACAACUUGAACAGGCCAAAAGGUUCAAAGCAAAUCUUGAAAAGAACAAACAAGGGCUAGAGUCUGACAACAAGGAGCUAGCAUGUGAAGUGAAAGUAUUGCAGCAGGUCAAAUCAGAAUCUGAACAUAAGAGGAAGAAGCUUGAUGCUCAGGUACAGGAGCUAACUGCCAAGGUUGCAGAAGGGGAGAGGCUGAGGUCAGAGCUAGCAGAGAAGGCUAACAAACUGCAGAAUGAGUUGGACAACGUCUCAAGUUUUCUGGAAGAGGCAGAGAAGAAAGGCAUUAAGUUUGCCAAAGAUGCUGCCAGUCUGGAGUCUCAGCUUCAAGAUACACAGGAGCUUCUUCAGGAGGAGACCCGCCAGAAACUGAACCUGAGUAGUCGGAUUAGGCAGCUGGAAGAAGAGAAGAACAACCUACAGGAGCAGCAAGAGGAAGAGGAAGAGGCUAGGAAGAACUUGGAAAAACAGAUUGUAGUUCUGCAGUCACAGUUGGCCGAUGCCAAAAAGAAGGUAGAUGAUGAUUUGGGAACCAUUGAAGGUUUGGAAGAAAACAAAAAGAAACUCUUGAAAGAUAUGGAAGCUCUGAGCCAGCGUCUUGAGGAGAAGGCAAUAGCUUACGACAAACUGGAAAAAACAAAGAAUCGUCUGCAGCAGGAGCUGGAUGACUUGAUGGUUGACCUAGAUCACCAGCGCCAGAUUGUGUCCAACUUGGAGAAAAAACAGAAGAAGUUUGAUCAGAUGCUGGCAGAAGAGAAAAACAUUUCUGCUCGAUAUGCAGAAGAACGAGACCGUGCAGAAGCAGAAGCUAGAGAGAAGGAAACUAAGGCACUUUCUCUGGCUCGAGCUUUGGAAGAAGCAUUGGAGGCUAAGGAAGAAUUUGAGAGGCAGAAUAAACAGUUGCGUGCAGACAUGGAGGACUUAAUGAGCUCCAAAGAUGAUGUGGGCAAAAAUGUCCAUGAGCUGGAAAAAUCAAAACGAACCUUGGAGCAGCAGGUGGAAGAAAUGAGGACACAGCUAGAAGAACUUGAAGAUGAGCUUCAGGCCACAGAAGAUGCUAAACUUCGUCUAGAAGUGAACAUGCAGGCUAUGAAGGCCCAGUUUGAGAGAGACCUCCAAGCCAGAGAUGAGCAAAAUGAAGAGAAGAAGAGGAUGCUGGUUAAACAGGUGCGGGAGCUUGAGGCCGAAUUGGAGGAUGAGCGCAAACAGCGGGCUCUUGCAGUAGCUUCCAAGAAGAAAAUGGAGAUGGAUAUGAAAGACCUUGAGGGUCAGAUUGAAGCUGCAAACAAAGCUCGAGAUGAAGCAAUCAAACAGCUCCGCAAGCUUCAGGCUCAGAUGAAAGACUACCAGCGGGAACUGGAGGAAGCCCGUGCAUCCAGAGAUGAAAUCUUUGCUCAAUCCAAAGAGAACGAAAAGAAGCUGAAGAGUCUUGAAGCAGAAAUACUCCAGCUUCAAGAGGUACUUUUUUAUCCUGGGGGGGAGUCAUUCAGCUUUGCUUUGCUUUGGUUUCCCCAUCUUCACAGUAUAGGUAUGUUCUUACUUCCUGAAGGGUCCUAAAGGCAUUUGUGAUAU